AUGGACCCAGACGCCAGCAUCCCCGAGCCAGCCCCCUCAGUCUUCAACUACGUCCUCUCAUUCCUCCUAGUCGGCGUAGCAUGGGGCUUCACAACGCCCUUUAUCCGUCGCGCCGCCGCCGACUUCAACGCGCGACAAGAGAAGCAAUCCCAAUCCCCUCGCGGACGAUCGCAAUCGCAACCCCAACUGGUUGACGGCGAAGAAGAGCAGGAAUUGCUACCGACGGAAGACGAGGGUGUGAGGAGGAGGAGUGGGAGUUCGCAACGGGCAGCGGCACGGGAUGAAAGGGAUGGUGAUGAGGAUAAUAUUCCGACACCGGCGUGGAAGAGGGAGGGAAAGAAGUCUUGGCUGAGAGAGAAGAUUGUGGGUGUCUUUUGGACGGUUGUGAAUUUGCUUAAGACGCCGGCUUAUUCGAUUCCGUUGGUGGUUAACUUGACGGGAAGUAUUUGGUUCUUUUUGCUCGUUGGGAAACAUGAGCUCUCCUUGACUGUGCCGCUUGCCAAUUCGAGCGCUUUCUUGUUUACUGUGCUUGGAGAGUGGUAUGUGGAGCGCAAGGUCAUCGCGAAGGAAACGUGGCUGGGGUUGUUCUUGGUCUUGGGCGGUAUCGCUGUAUGCGUGCAUUCAAAAAACAAGGCUGGUUGA